AUCCAGAAUCGGAACAUCCCGGAGUAUAAAAGCUGAUCUGCAACAACACAAUCCACAUUCAGAUGAAAGCUGUACAUUCAGUAGCUCUGAGCUGCACAAGAACACUGGACACAAUAUGAGUAAACAGGAAGAAGAGAAGGAAAUGGACAGGAAGGUGGACCCAAUGUCCUGCAACAUCCUCAAUGAGCUGCGGUUAGAGAAGCAGCUCUGUGACGUAGUCCUCAUGGUGGACGGCGCCGAGUUCCACAUGCACAAGAUCAUCCUGUGUGGCUGCAGCCUGUACUUCAUGGCUCUCUUCAACCACGCCUGGUACCCUCCUGAUAAGCCCAGGUACAGCAUCCCUAACAUUUCUGCCGAGAUAAUGGAGCUGAUCGUGGAGUACGUGUAUAUAAGACGUGUUAACAUCACGGAGAAAAACGUGUGUAAACUGCUGAUCGCUGCUGAUUAUCUGUUGGUGACCAGCCUGGUGAAUCAAUGCUGCGCAUUCCUGAAGGCUCAGCUGUGUCCAGAGAACUGCGUUAACAUCUGGCAUUUUGCUCACUCCUACUUCUGCGAGACGUUGGAGCAGCAGGCCUUCCUGUUUAUCUUGCACAACUUUGAGGAGGUGGUGCGCCUCUCUGAGGAGUUCCUGGACCUGACAGUCGAGCAGCUGAGCGAGAUCAUCGAGAAGGACGAACUGAUUGUGAAACGGGAGAGCGUGGUGUUCGAGGCCAUCUUACAGUGGAUCAAACAUGCGCCAUGGAAACGGAAAGCGCACAUAGGAGUGUUACUGCCCAAGGUGCGUCUGGGGCUACUGCCGCACGAUUACCUUAUGAACAAUGUGAGCCACAACGUUUUAGUGAUGGACGACGUGACAUGUAAGCCGAUUGUCACCAGCGUUCUGAUGGGCAUCGAUGACCUCAACCCGAGCCUUUUUCUCAGCUCUGAUCUCACGAGACGCCGCCUGCCCAGUGCCGUUCUGCUGGCCAUCGGUGGCUGGACCCCAGGGGGUGUCACCAAUACCAUAGAAGCGUACGAUACGCAAGCGGCACGCUGGGUCAACGUCACGUACAACGACGAGAUUCCACGAGCCUUUCAAGGGACGGUGUAUCUGAACGGCUUCAUGUACUGCAUCGGAGGAUUAUACUGGAUGAAAUCGCCAUACAGGUGGAGAUCGACACGUAGUGUGAGAAGGUUUGACCCAGCCACCAGAAUAUGGGCUCACAUGAGCCCCAUGCGAUCUCGCCGAAAAGACCUGAGCGUGUGUGUGCUGGACGGUUGUAUCUAUGUGAUGGGAGGAUCUGAUGGCGCUGAACAUCUGAAUACGGUUGAGCGAUAUGAACCUGAGAAUGAUAAGUGGAGCAUGAUCGCGCCAAUGCACGAGCGAAGGAGCGAAGCAAGCGCUACAGUACUGAACGGCAAAGUGUACGUAUGCGGAGGGUUUGACGGGAGCGAGCAUUUGUUCACGGCCGAGUAUUACACUCCUCAGACGGGAGCGUGGACCCUCAUCCCCCCCAUGAUGAUCAGUAGGCGUGGACUGGGCGUGGUCGCAUACGGAGGACAGGUUUACGCUGUCGGGGGAUAUGAUGGUAAUAAUAACCUAAGCGAUGUAGAGGUGUAUAAUCCUCAGACCAACGUGUGGAGAAAAGGUCCAGCCAUGAAUAACCAGCGCAGCCACUUCGGCAUUGCGGUGCUGGACAAUCUCAUGUUUGUUGCUGGAGGAAUUACCCACACUACGAUCAUGGAUGAAGUGGAGUGUUUUGAUGAGCAGACUUCUGAAUGGCAUGCAGUUGAAAACAUGGGGAUUUCCCGCCAUUCUCUGAGUUGCUGUGUGCUGUGUGGUUUACCCAACAUCGCCGAGUACACUGUGCCCCAAGACAAUCCCUACAGAAUCCCUCAGAGCUCACGGAGCACCAGGGGCUACCUCACACCUCCUGCCAAUGUCUGAGAUGUACAAAUAAACCUCUCCCUUCAUCAGCAUCCUUUUGUUCUCGAAAAUCAAAUGAAACAUUCUGAAGCAGUCAAACUACUGAAUUUGCCUUUUGUUUAUUCUCAUAUGCUGCAAGCUGUUGUACUGAAACUCGUAAAACCACAACGUCCCUCAUGGAGACGUGCGAUGGAACAGUUAACGUCCACCGUCUUGAGAUCUCACACACACACACACACACACACACACACACACAGUCCUUCACUGCAUUUCUAUACCUCAGUGAUUUGGAUGUAAUAGAAUACAAAUCAAUAUGCAUAAUUGUACAGGUAGUGGUGCUGUAAUACUGUGUGUGUUUGUCCAUGUUCAGCAUCGAUUUCACUUCCACUGUAUCUCCCGCUGGCUAGAAAGGAGCAACACAUGUCCUGUGGACAGGAGGUCAUGGACAUUUGAGGAUGUGUGAUCGCUGCAACACACACGAUUCUCCGUUUAUUUUAAAAUGAAUAAACUGCUUUAAAAAAAAAAAGUUGUUUCUAUAGUAACAGUUCAUUGACUUCGACCAACUAAACUAUGGAACUAACAAAGUUUGCUAACUAUCAAAUAACUAUAAACUGACUAUAAAAGGGAUCCUGUGUCUGGAGUUAAUAAAUAAAGUGUAAUUAUUGAGAAAUUAAGAAGAGUAAAACACUUUGGUCCAUGCUGUUAUGGGAAAAUACUCAACUUCAGGGU